AUGGCGCAACGGCCCAAUAACACCGACCUCCCACCCAAAGAGACAACUCAACCCUUGAAGGGGAAAGGACCGCAUCAACAAAACGACCCAGGCGACUGGGAGUCGCAGGAACGGGAGCCAUGGGCGAAUGCGAUGGAGUGCGUUCAGGGACAGGCACAGAUGUACUGCUAUCCACGCGUGGUAUUCGAGGUUUUCGAACCGCACGUCUAUACUCCCUUACCAGCCCAGCCGCCCUCUCCUGCGCAGCAGGGCGACGAGACUGGGGAAGUCCAACAAACGCAACGGUGGCACCAGGACUACCCCCCCUGGGCCAAAGGCAAACCAUUCGUAUCAACAUGGACCGGCGCAGGGGUAGUCUGCACCUGGACGACCGAAGCCGCCGAUGGAGACAAAGGGGGCGAUGAAACUUUCGCACAAAUUAGCAAUAUUACCUUACAUAAACGACCGGACUUACCAGACACGUCCGGAGAGGGCGAUUCGACUCCGUCCGGCUCCGCCGAAGCAGGAGAGGAUGGAAAUCCCUCCCAUUCCGGCGAAACCGAGCGGGGCGCAGGUGUGAAAACGACAUCGUCUUCAGAGGAUGAACGAGGACGAACCCACGGAGAAGGCGACGGCGUCGUGGGCGGAUUCUCCCGAUGGAGGCGACGAAGCUUUGCGGCGACCAUCUGCGAAAACACCCAUAUUAGUAAGCUCAAAACAUGCGAGAAAGCGCUGGAGGAGCCGUUACCCUUAUUAGCUGAGGCAGAAGAGUGCGCACGUACCGCAAGAAGUUUGGUGGUUUGA